AUGUCGAGGGAGUCGAACGACACAAUACAGAGCGAUACGGUUAGAUCAUCCUCUAAAUCAGACUAUUUUAGAAUCCAGCUAAAUAAUCAAGACUACUAUAUGUCAAAACCCACCUUUUUGGACCCAUCGCACGGUGAAAGCCUGCCCUUAAACCAGUUUUCACAGGUCCCAAACAUCAGGGUGUUUGGUGCUUUACCCACAGGGCAUCAAGUAUUGUGCCACGUCCAUGGCAUUCUACCUUACAUGUUCAUCAAGUAUGAUGGACAAAUAACUGACACGAGUACAUUGAGACACCAAAGAUGUGCCCAAGUUCAUAAAACGCUGGAAGUAAAAAUUAGGGCAUCCUUUAAAAGGAAAAAAGAUGAUAAACACGAUUUAGCCGGCGACAAACUUGGAAAUCUCAAUUUUGUCGCUGAUGUCUCUGUUGUAAAGGGUAUACCAUUUUAUGGUUACCACGUUGGCUGGAAUCUGUUUUACAAAAUUUCUUUGCUUAAUCCUUCUUGUCUAAGUAGGAUUUCGGAAUUGAUUAGAGAUGGCAAGAUUUUCGGAAAGAAAUUCGAAAUUUAUGAAUCACAUAUUCCUUACUUGCUACAAUGGACCGCAGAUUUUAACUUAUUUGGAUGUUCAUGGAUAAACGUGGAUAGGUGUUAUUUUCGCUCUCCUGUUUUAAAUAGUAUACUGGACAUAGAUAAGCUGACAAUUAAUGAUGAUCUUCAGUUGUUACUAGAUCGAUUUUGUGACUUCAAGUGUAACGUACUCAGUAGAAGGGAUUUUCCACGGGUUGGAAAUGGAUUGAUUGAGAUAGAUAUACUACCGCAAUUCAUCAAAAAUAGAGAAAAGUUACAGCAUAGAGAUAUACAUCACGACUUUUUGGAAAAACUGGGAGAUAUUUCUGACAUACCUGUCAAACCAUAUGUAUCCUCUGCUAGGGACAUGAUAAAUGAACUUACCAUGCAACGAGAGGAGUUGUCCUUGAAGGAAUAUAAAGAACCACCAGAAACAAAGCGCCAUGUGAGUGGUCAUCAAUGGCAAUCUUCUGGAGAGUUCGAAGCGUUUUAUAAGAAAGCACAACAUAAAACAAGUACUUUUGAUGGUCAAAUACCAAAUUUUGAGAACUUUAUAGAUAAGAAUCAAAAAUUCUCAGCCAUAAAUACGCCCUAUGAAGCAUUACCGCAAUUGUGGCCAAGGCUUCCACAGAUUGAAAUAAACAAUAAUAGUAUGCAAGAUAAAAAGAACGACGACCAAGUUAAUGCAUCGUUCACCGAAUACGAGAUAUGUGGUGUUGAUAAUGAGAACGAAGGUGUAAAAGGAAGCAAUAUAAAGUCUCGGUCUUAUUCAUGGUUACCGGAAAGCAUUGCGUCUCCGAAAGAUUCUACUAUACUAUUAGAUCAUCAAACAAAAUAUCACAAUACGAUAAAUUUUUCAAUGGAUUGUGCUAUGACGCAAAAUAUGGCAAGUAAACGAAAACUUAGAUCAUCUGUUUCUGCUAAUAAAACAUCGUUGCUGUCUCGGAAAAGAAAGAAGGUUAUGGCUGCGGGAUUACGCUAUGGAAAAAGAGCCUUUGUUUAUGGUGAGCCUCCUUUCGGUUAUCAAGAUAUUCUGAAUAAAUUGGAAGACGAGGGAUUCCCAAAAAUAGACUAUAAGGACCCUUUCUUUUCGAAUCCAGUUGAUCUAGAAAAUAAACCUUACGCGUACGCAGGUAAGAGGUUUGAAAUAAGCUCGACACAUGUAUCAACGAGAAUACCCGUCCAAUUUGGGGGAGAGACCGUAUCAGUUUAUAACAAGCCAACUUUCGACAUGUUUUCCUCCUGGAAAUAUGCGUUAAAACCACCUACGUAUGAUGCUGUUCAAAAAUGGUACAAUAAAGUACCCUCGAUGGGAAACAAAAAAACUGAGUCUCAGAUAAGCAUGCACACCCCUCAUAGUAAGUUUUUAUACAAAUUUGCUAGUGACGUUUCUGGAAAACAAAAAAGAAAAAAAAGUAGCGUUCACGAUUCUCUUACUCAUCUGACACUUGAGAUUCAUGCAAACACGAGAAGUGAUAAAAUUCCAGACCCUGCAAUAGAUGAAGUUUCCAUGAUUAUAUGGUGUCUUGAAGAAGAAACUUUCCCUUUAGAUUUGGAUAUCGCUUACGAAGGGAUUAUGAUAGUCCACAAAGCUUCUGAGGAUAGUACAUUUCCUACUAAAAUUCAACAUUGUAUUAACGAAAUUCCCGUGAUGUUCUAUGAAAGUGAAUUUGAAAUGUUUGAGGCUCUAACUGAUUUGGUAUUACUUCUUGAUCCUGAUAUUCUUUCCGGUUUCGAAAUACAUAAUUUUUCGUGGGGUUAUAUAAUUGAAAGGUGUCAAAAAAUACAUCAAUUUGACAUUGUCAGGGAACUUGCCAGAGUCAAAUGCCAAAUUAAGACGAAGUUGUCAGAUACUUGGGGAUAUGCCCAUUCCUCAGGAAUUAUGAUUACCGGAAGACAUAUGAUUAAUAUAUGGAGAGCGUUGAGGUCCGACGUAAAUUUAACGCAAUAUACUAUUGAAAGUGCUGCGUUCAAUAUCCUCCAUAAACGAUUACCUCACUUUUCAUUUGAGUCAUUAACUAAUAUGUGGAACGCUAAAAAGAGCACAACCGAAUUAAAGACUGUGUUAAAUUAUUGGUUAUCAAGAGCUCAGAUAAAUAUACAACUAUUAAGAAAGCAGGAUUACAUUGCUCGAAAUAUCGAACAGGCAAGAUUGAUAGGAAUAGAUUUCCAUUCUGUAUAUUACAGAGGAUCACAAUUUAAAGUUGAGUCUUUUUUAAUCCGAAUAUGCAAGUCCGAAAGUUUUAUCCUUCUUUCUCCAGGCAAAAAGGAUGUUCGUAAGCAAAAAGCACUUGAAUGUGUGCCUUUGGUUAUGGAGCCAGAAUCUGCUUUCUACAAAAGUCCUUUAAUUGUGCUGGAUUUCCAAUCAUUGUAUCCAUCCAUUAUGAUUGGAUACAACUAUUGCUAUUCGACUAUGAUAGGAAGAGUGCGAGAAAUAAACUUAACGGAAAAUAACCUUGGAGUAUCUAAGUUUUCAUUACCAAGAAACAUUUUAGCUUUAUUAAAAAAUGAUGUAACUAUCGCUCCAAAUGGUGUUGUUUAUGCCAAGACCUCUGUUAGAAAAUCAACGUUAUCCAAAAUGUUAACAGAUAUCCUUGAUGUCAGAGUGAUGAUAAAGAAAACAAUGAACGAAAUAGGUGAUGACAACACUACCCUAAAAAGGCUUUUGAAUAACAAACAGUUAGCACUAAAAUUAUUGGCGAAUGUCACCUACGGUUAUACAUCAGCUUCAUUUUCUGGACGAAUGCCAUGCUCUGAUUUAGCUGAUAGCAUUGUACAAACAGGCAGAGAAACAUUGGAGAAAGCAAUAGAUAUUAUUGAGAAAGAUGAAACUUGGAACGCCAAAGUUGUCUAUGGAGACACAGAUAGUUUAUUUGUAUAUCUACCUGGAAAAACUGCUAUUGAGGCUUUUUCUAUAGGACAUGCUAUGGCAGAAAGAGUUACUCAAAACAAUCCAAAACCAAUCUUUUUGAAGUUUGAAAAAGUAUACCAUCCCUCCAUAUUAAUUAGCAAAAAAAGGUACGUAGGAUUUUCCUAUGAAAGUCCUUCGCAGACCCUUCCUAUUUUUGAUGCUAAGGGUAUUGAAACUGUUAGAAGGGAUGGUAUCCCAGCCCAGCAGAAGAUUAUUGAAAAAUGUAUUCGAUUACUUUUUCAAACCAAAGACCUGUCAAAAAUAAAAAAGUAUCUUCAAAAUGAAUUUUUUAAGAUUCAAAUAGGAAAGGUAUCUGCCCAAGAUUUUUGUUUUGCAAAAGAAGUUAAAUUAGGAGCGUAUAAAAGCGAAAAGACAGCCCCUGCAGGUGCCGUGGUUGUAAAAAGAAGAAUAAAUGAAGACCAUAGAGCAGAACCCCAAUACAAGGAGCGUAUACCUUACCUUGUUGUUAAAGGAAAGCAAGGACAACUGCUUCGGGAAAGAUGCGUAUCACCAGAAGAGUUCUUAGAAGGUGAGAAUUUAGAGUUAGAUUCGGAGUAUUAUAUAAACAAAAUUCUGAUACCUCCUCUUGAUAGAUUGUUCAAUUUGAUUGGUAUAAAUGUUGGCAACUGGGCUCAGGAAAUAGUAAAAUCCAAAAGGGCGAGCACAACUACUACAAAAGUGGAAAACAUAACAAGAGUAGGAACUUCUGCAACAUGUUGUAAUUGUGGUGAAGAAUUGACUAAAAUAUGUUCACUUCAGUUAUGUGAUGACUGUUUAGAGAAAAGAAGCACCACAACCUUAUCAUUUCUCAUAAAGAAAUUAAAGAGACAAAAAGAAUACCAAACACUAAAGACCGUGUGCAGGACGUGCAGUUAUCGUUACACUUCCGAUGCAGGCAUCGAAAAUGACCAUAUAGCUAGUAAAUGCAAUUCAUAUGACUGUCCAGUAUUUUACUCUCGUGUCAAAGCAGAAAGAUACUUGAGAGAUAAUCAAUCUGUUCAAAGGGAAGAAGCAUUAAUAUCUCUAAAUGAUUGGUAA